AUGAGACACUGGCUCUCAUACUGCGUGGACAAUGACCCGUUCUGCAGCCGCCAGACAUCUGAUGUCCUGCCCCGGCGGCUGCUCAGCCUCGGCGCAAAGUACAGCACUCGCGUCUUUCUAAUCGAGACACGCGACAUCAACAAUAGCGUUAGAAAACAGGGCGAGAAGAAUCUCCAAUACGCAUGCCUCAGCUACCGCUGGGGGGUCAGCAACGAAGAAAUCCUACGGACCACGGCGGACAACAUCGAAGCGCACAUGGACAAGGACCGAGGGAUCGUCCUGCAGCAGCUGCCACAAACCAUAAUCGACACGGUCAGGGUGUGCAGGGAGUUGGGGAUCGAAUACCUAUGGGUCGACUCGCUCUGCAUCAUCCAGCCACGUCCGUACACAAGUCUCGACCAGGACAGGGAGGCUCACGAAGACUGGGUGCGGGAAGGAUCCACCAUGGACAACGCCUAUGGCAACUCGUACCUCACGAUAUAUGCCGAGGCGGCCGUCAACUGCAAGGCGGGCUUUCUAGGCCCCCAAGACUACGGCAAGAACUCGUGGCAGAGGAUCUCCCCGGCGAGGGCCCCCAACGCCGGCCCGGACUCGACGGUCCUCGACGGGCGAGGGUGGUGCUUGCAGGAAAGGAUCAUGCCGACCCGUAAACUCCGCUUCCUCGGGACAGAGAUGAGCUGGGAGUGCAACUGUCGCAUGUUCUGCGAAUGCGGCCACACGCGAGAGGUGGACAUCGACGGCAUCCUUUCCGUCGGCCGUCUUCUUAUGCGUCUGGGUGAUGGGGAACGCUUCAGUCAUCACGAGACCUGGCAAGAAGUCGUUGAGGACUACUCGUGGCGCUCCGUCUCCGACCCGGAAGACAACAAGCUGAUGGGCGUCGCUGGGGUGGCGAGACUGCUACUCAAGUCCACCGAGGAAGAUCCGAAUGGCGAGGACGAAUACUGCGCGGGACUCUGGCGGAGCGAUCUCGUUGAUGCCCUCGUCUGGAUGGCUGUCGACAAGAGACCCAAGCAGGCGGAGCUGGAACACGGGAUGCCCGAGUGGAUGGCGAGACGACACCUGAUGCCCCGAACUCGCCUGGCCAGCGGGACGCCAACGUGGUCCUGGGCCUCCAUCAACGGCGGGAUUGCCUUC